GAGAUAUCUACAGCAGCCCGCAAGGCUGCCAGCAAAACAACUACACCCUGGGACAAUAAUCCACAUGCAGCAACAAAAUACGUUCGAUAAUUUCUACACUCCGAAGAAUAAUGAGUUCUAUUCCAAGUUCCACUAUGUGACCCUCAAGCCAGAAGAACGCAGGAUCCGCCUUCUUAGAAUUCAGCCAUUGAAACCUGGUGAGGACGAAGGAACUCGGAUCAAAUGUGAGCUCAUAGAUAAUCAGUCGCUCGCCGCGAUGCAAGGUAAAUUCACAACCCUUUCAUACUGCGCCGGGGAUCCGAAGAAGACGGAAACAAUAGUCGUCAACGGGCUAGAAUUCAACGCGUUUGCCAACCUGGGCCAUGCACUUCGACAAAUUCGUCACUUCUGGAAAGAGAAGCAUGAUACUCAAGAGCUUCUGCUUUGGACAGACCAAGUUUGCAUAAACCAAAGCAAUUCAGAUGAACGAUCACACCAAGUCAAUUUCAUGGGGGAUAUCUAUGGGUCGGCUAUCCAAGUGCUUGUUUGUCUAUCCGCUGAAGGCGACCGCAGCGGAGGCAUUCGGUGGCUGCAACAAUUCGCCCACGAGUUUCGGGAAUACGAGCAAAACCAGCCUAAUAGCGAAUGCGCGAGUGAUUCCGGUGAAAGCGAAGACCAUGGACUGAACUUCUUUCGCGAAAAUUAUGACGGCGAGAGUUUUCACUGCGGCUGGGAUGCCUGCGUGGCUACGAUACUCAAAAGUCCAUGGUGGUCGCGAGCUUGGAUCCGGCAGGAGUACCUCCGUUCUUCAGAUGUCUACUUUAUAGCCGCAAAUGAAUCCGCGCACUGGGAAGGGAUUACGGAAGCUGUAGAAGUCUUUUAUAACGCUGCAUACGGAAUCGACCUGUUCUGGGAUGAAGAAGAUCGCCGCACUUGUCCCGGUUCAUCCCAAAGGUCGCCAGACGCCUGCCAAGCUUGCCUUCAUGCCAUGGACUGUAGUGAGUUCCAAUACGCUGGGAAGCGCGCCUCUACACUCCUUCAUUUGAAAACAGAGCUGGUAACCAAAAUAUCCUACUCCCCAGACCUAUUAGACAGACUAAAACAUAUGCAUCUUUGCGAGUCUUCAGAUCCGAGAGACCUAGUAUACUCUUGCUUUGGUAUUAGCAGCGAAACUUAUGGUCUUUAUCCUGAUUACACAUCAAGCGUUUCUCUUCAAGAUGUGUUCAUCAAAGUGGCACAGAAUGCCAUAACACAUUGCAGAAGCCUAAACAUACUUCGCCGCGCAUACCUGACCAGAAUGGGAUCAUCUCGCUCGGAUCUCCCCUCAUGGGUUCCAGACUGGCGUAACAUCUCACGAACCCAGGAAGGCCACGGUCACGCACUGCCAUCACGCUCUACAGACUUUUUCACAUUUCACCCGGAUAGUGGAGGUCGGCCAGACCGAAUUCUCCAAGUUCGAGGAACUCAAAUUGGAUUUAUUGGCGAGAAGGAAGAUAUGUGGUCUAAAGUCAUAUCCUGUCCUGAUGGACGCGUACCACUUGUAGGCUAUGCCAAACGUAACGAUGAAGUCUAUGUGCUCCAUGGUUUGGGCAAUUUGUUCCUACUUCGGCGGCAGAAUGACUACUUCAGGGUAGUAGGGGAAGUACUAGGGCGGGAUGGCAUACUUCCGGGGGUUGAUUUGUUGGUGAACGGCCUAGAAGAAAUGAUCGAAAGAAACGAUCCGGCUGUCUUAUUCAUUGAUAUAUGCUGAUUGAGUAAGGGAAACCAUAAUUAGAAGGCUGGAGUAUUUCUUCAAAUCAGACGGAUCGGAUCACCCAAAGUAUCUCUACUCCCUCACUAGUUCAAUUCUGCAUUUAUGGAAAUGGGGCCGAAACUGUAAAAUUUCUCAAUACCACACGACACCGGGUUCGAUUUUUUACUAGUAAUCUAUAGCUUUGUAGGAUCAUCAGCACAACGGCAAGCCUUACCUACUUAGCCAACAAAUACAUCACGGGGUAAAUCUGCAGUUGGGGUAAGGGCAGCUGAAAGUUAAAAAGAAAUCUUCCAGUGUUUGUUAUGAGGCCGAUUUUCGAACAACAACAACCUCCUUCAAAGAGUUUAGAAAGCGAAAGCCAAAGCCGAAUCGAAGCCGGCUGUAUCCAUUUUCCGUUGUUUGGUUUCAAAGCCGAUUACUGUACUUAGCGAGUCGUAGCCAAGCGGAUCAGCCAGCCAUGGCGGGGCGGAGAUGCCUCCUGUAGGUACGAGAAGUUGGAAGCAGCUUACAUUCCUACCUUAGACGACUGACU